AUGACGAUCAAUCCUGGGGACCAAGUCAACCUAACUAAUCUCUCCUCUGUCACAGAGUUCCUGUUGUUGGCAUUCUCCAGCCUUGGAGAAAUCCAGCUCAUUCUUUUCACUGUUUUUCUGUGCUUAUAUGUGAUUAUCCUGAGUGGGAACAUCACCAUGGUCACUGUCGUCCACCUGGAUCGCAGCCCCCACUUACCCACGUUCUGCUUCCUAGGGGUUCUCUCCAUCCCUGAGACGUGUUGCACCUUUGUCGUCCUGCCCAAGCUGCUCAUAAACCUGUUGUCUCUGCUCAGAACAGUCUCGUUUACCAACUAUGCCACUCAGAUGUUUUUCUCCCUCGGUUUUGCUGUCAGUGAUUGCAUGCUACUGGGUGUCAUGGGCUACGACCACUGUGCUGCCAUCCAUCAUCUACUUCGCUACUCUGUCCUUAUGAGCUGGCAGGUAUGUGGACAACGCGCCACUUGUGCUAUGAUUGUUUUUUUGUUCUCACUGAUAGGCUCCCUUUCAGUCUUUGAACUACCUUUCUGUGGCCCCAGCAAGAUCAACCAUGACUUCUGUGACAUCUCACCGGUUAUCCGGCUUGUCUGUACCAAUAUGUACAUAAAUGAAUCAGUCAUCUUCAUUGGUGGAAUUCUAGCACUCAUGGUCCUCCUGACUUUUAUUUGCAUCUCGUAUGGCUUCAUUGCUCAUACCAUCCUGAGGAUCCCGUCUUGUCAUUGUAUUUACAAACAUACUUGUACGACAACUAUUCUAAUAUUUUUAUUCAUUCCUAUAACAGUAGGAAUAGUCCUAAUUGUAAUAAAAGUGAAAAGUAAUUGGUAA